GAGAACUACAAAAAAGGAGGACGGCCACGUAGCUCGCUCGUUAGCGUCAACGGCAGCAGCAGCGACGUUUAUAGCAAACUAUUUUGUCUUUUCUUUCUUUAAAAGAGGUUAUGUUUGUACCACUGGUGCCAAUUGCUUUAAUUCUCUCGUCAGAACUAUUUGCCGUUUUCGUAUUAGUUUAUUUAAAGCAGUUAGCUUAAGUUAACUGAACGGAGCUAACCUUAACUGCACCUUGAAGGGGGGAACCGUAUUCCCGUAUUACAGCCUAAAACUUUAUACUCUAUUACCCGUACACUACAGCGUUAUGGAGCCCGAUGAGUCAGAGCCUGAGAUCAUCCCGAGCCGAGUGAUGGAGAGACGUGAGGCUGAGCUGGAGGAGGAAGCUGCUGAGGAGACAGACCAACGGGAACUGAAGAGUUGCCGGGUUGUUCUGGAUCCACUCCACAUAGAUGAAAGGACCCAGAGAAAGGAAAUCGAGGAGAAAGAAGAUAUGAACCGAAAAGGUUUGAAGCCAGUCUCCCGAAUCCCCACUUACCAGAAGCGACCGGGCAGUGGCGGUCAGGCCGCCGAGCGAGCAGGCGGCGGAGGUCAGGCCGCCGAGCGAAAGGGUGGAGGAAGUCAGACCACUGAUCCUCCCUCUCCCAGAAAAGACGGCCCAGUUCACGUAGCGCAAUCUUCUGUCAGAGCCGGAAGUGCAAGCUUGGAAACUUUAAAGUCCAAACUCCCUGAGGUGGGAGAAUGGGCCCCGCCUCCUCUGUCCGUUCGCGUUCCCAGCUUUAUCACGACCUCAAUGUCCGGCAACGCGGAACAAGCUGCCACUGCGGAUCACACCUUUGCCAUCGCCGCCCCGAAAACCAAGAGUGUCUCAGAGUCUAUUCAGGGUGUCAUGAUCGCCAGCCCCAGACCUCCUCUGAGGCCAGAGCAGGAUAUGAACAAACGCUCCAAACCUAAAGUGGGUAGCACACCAGAAGGACUUCUGAGUUCCCUCCUGCAGGAGAGCGUCCUCAGCCAGAAGCCAGACGAAAAACACCCAGGGAUGACCCUCUCCGCCUGCGGAGACACCGAGAAAUCUGAAGAGAAGGCUGACGUUGCCGUGGUCGAGCAGACGGAGUGCAUUAUGGAAGAAGAACCGCUUUUGGAGCCGGUGACAGCAACUGAAUCCCAGAGCAGCCGAUCGUCUUCGGACGCCGACCUUGCAUCCGAAAAAUCCGAGGGCAGCAAUUCAGAGGAUGUGGAGGAACAUCAGGAACCGCUCCAAAGCCAACGAAAGCUUUCAGAUUCUGAAGCAGAAGAACCCUGUAUGGAUGACUCCGCCUCUCACGUGGAACCAAACAAAGCAGCUAGUGGGAAGAUCACCCAGUCCUUUAAGAGGUCGAUGUGCUCCAUCGUUUCUCUCUUCCUUUUGCUGCUGGUGGGAGGGCUCGGCCUGCACGUCUGGCUCUAUGGGCUUCCCACGUCCGUGGCUCAGCUAGCGGCACAGCUGGAGCUGCACCAGAUGGAGGGCAUCGGCUUGGUGCCGGAGCACUGUAGCUCAGACUGCCGAGUGCAGCUGGUGGAGAGCAUCCCCGUCGGCCUGUACCCGUACUCCUCGUCGCCCGGGCCGAGCAUCGCAGACAGCUGGCUCCGUCUGCUGGACGAGGCCCACAGCUCGGUCCACAUCGCUGCGUUUUACUUUACGCUGCGGGACAGCGACGUCCAAUCAGCCGAUCCCUCAGACUCCCAGGGGAGGAAAGUCUUCGAGCAGCUCAAGAAACUUGAAUCCAGAGGCGUGAAACUCCAGAUUGCUGUCAACGCCCCUCAAACCUCAACGCAGGACACAGCAGAACUGAGCGCAGCAGGUGCGCAGGUCAGAGAGGUGAACCUGAGCGCCGUGACUGGAGGCAUCGUUCACACCAAGCUCUGGGUCGUGGACCAGAAGCAUUUCUACCUGGGUAGCGCUAACAUGGACUGGCGCUCUCUCAGUCAGGUGAAGGAGGUGGGUCUGUCAGUGGAGGACUGCAGCUGCCUGGCUCAGGAUGCCUUUCGGCUCUUUGGGGUGUACUGGGCCGUCGGUGGGGCCCAGAGCGGCUCCCUCCCUCCGUUCUGGCCCGCCCGUCUGUCCGCUCUGUCCAGCGCUGACCAACCUCUGCACCUAAACUUUAAUGGAGUCCCUGCUCAGGUCUAUCUGUCUAGCGCGCCGCCGCCCAUCUCAGCCAGAGGGCGCUCCGACGAUCUGUCCACCAUCCUGUCUGUCAUCGACGACGCCCAGAGGUUUAUCCACAUAUCGGUCAUGGACUACCUCCCUCUGUCUCAGUACACAGAGCCAGUACAGUUCUGGCCCGCCAUCGACUCCAGGCUGCGCGCCGCGGCGUGCACCAGAGGGGUGCAGGUCAGACUGAUGGUCAGCUGCUGGGAGCACUCGCCGGCCUCCAUGUUCAUCUUCCUGCAGUCGCUGCUGGUGCUCAGCAGGGCUCCCCUCCAAUGCAACAUUGAUGUGAAAAUCUUUACGGUGCCGUCAACAGAAGAGCAGAUGAAGAUCCCCUUCGCACGUGUCAAUCACGCCAAAUACAUGGUGACAGACAGAGUGCUCUACAUAGGCACGUCCAACUGGUCACAGGACUACUUCACGCACACGGCCGGCGUGGGCCUGGUGGUGAACCAGACCGGCUCGGCCGUAAAUGAGGGCCAGCAGACGCUGCCCGGCCAGGCGGAGCAGCUCUUCCUCCGGGACUGGGACUCCUACUACGCCAGCCAGCUCUAUGUCGAUGACCUGGACGUCUGUCCCCACAGACGGGGCUUUGUCCACCAGUGAAGCACGAAUCCUUUUAACACGAACGCUCCAGUGGCUCUCGCCACUUGAACUUUCCUCUAAAAUAUACGGAUUUGGUUCGCUUCCGACCAAACGGCUGGAUUUUAA